UUACGCUAAGUGCCUCGGCAAAUAAGUUGUCAAGAUUACAAGAACAGGCAGAAGAAUAUGCAGCUUUGAUCAUGGAAGAGCUCGAUCCUGAAAGACUUGGCUACAUCGAGCUAUGGCAACUGGAAACACUCUUGCUGCAGAAGGACACAUACUUAAACUACAGUCAAGCCCUAAGCUACACAAGCCAGGCUUUGAGUCAAAACUUACAUGGACUAAGAAACAGAAGUCCCAUAAGAAGAAUGAGUACAAAACUGCUUUAUUUUUUGCAAGAAAAUUGGAGGAGAAUUUGGGUCCUGUUGUUGUGGAUUUUGAUAAUGAUUGGGCUCUUCACUUGGAAAUUCUAUCAGUAUAGACAGAAAAAUGCAUUCAAAGUUAUGCGUUAUUGUCUUCUUACAGCUAAGGGUGCCGCUGAGACAUUGAAACUCAACAUGGCUCUUAUACUAUUGCCAGUGUGCAGGAACACUAUCACUUGGCUGAGGUCCUCUAAGUUGGGCUAUUUUUUGCCUUUUGAUGACAACAUCAAUUUUCACAAGACCAUUGCUGCGGGUAUUGUAAUCGGUGUCAUACUCCAUGCUGGUAACCACCUAGCAUGCGAUUUUCCAAGGCUAAUACACGAAUCUGAUGCCAAGUAUAAGCUUUAUUUGAGCGAUGAUUUUGGUAAUCAUAAACCCAAGUAUAUGGACCUUGUUAAAGGAAUUGAAGGUGUGACAGGAAUCCUAAUGAUAAUCUUCAUGUUGGUUGCUUUCACUUUGGCGACGAGGCAGUUCAGGCGGAGCCUUAUUACGUUGCCUAAGCCCUUCAACAGACUCACAGGUUACAAUGCCUUCUGGUAUUCACAUCACCUGUUUGUCCUUGUUUACAUCUUGCUAAUCAUCCAUGGUGUGUUCCUUUAUCUUGUGCACAAAUGGUACAAAAAGACGACGUGGAUGUACCUUGCUCUUCCUGUACUCCUAUAUGCCGGGGAAAGGACCCUCAGAUUUUUCCGGUCAGGCUUGUACACAGUCCGGCUGCUGAAGGUUGCUAUUUAUCCAGGAAAUGUCCUGGCAUUACAAAUGUCUAAGCCUCCCCAAUUUAAAUACAAGAGUGGACAAUACAUGUUUGUCCAAUGCCCUGCUGUUUCCAAACUUGAAUGGCAUCCAUUUUCCAUUACCUCAGCCCCCGGGGAUGAUUACCUCAGUGUACACAUACGGCAGCUGGGCGACUGGACACAACAACUGAAGAAGGUAUUCUCUGAGGCUUGUGAGCCACCUGUCUGCGGGAGGAGUGGGCUACUCAGAGCAGAUGAAACAACCAAGGGAAGUUUGCCAAAGCUAUUGAUAGAUGGACCUUAUGGAGCUCCUGCACAAGAUUACUUUAAAUAUGAUGUCCUCCUACUCGUUGGACUCGGAAUUGGAGCAACACCUUUUAUCAGUAUCCUAAAAGAUUUACUGAAUAAUAUUGUCAAAAUGGAGGAGCAGGCGGAUUCAAUUUCAGAUUUCAGUAGGCAUUCGGAUCAGAGUCUUGGAUCAAUUAGCUCGCCCUCUGUCAACAAGGUAUAUACAAAACAGAAGAAAACACUGAGGACGACGAAUGCUUACUUUUAUUGGGUGACAAGGGAACAAGGAUCCUUUGAUUGGUUCAAAGGUGUCAUGGAUGAAGUUGCGGAACUUGAUCAAAGGGGUGUCAUUGAGAUGCACAACUACUUAACUAGUGUAUACGAGGAAGGGGAUGCUCGCUCAGCUCUCAUCACCAUGGUCCAGGCGCUAAACCAUGCUAAGAACGGGGUCGAUAUUGUCUCUGGUACAAGGGUCAGAACUCAUUUUGCAAGGCCUAAUUGGAAGAAAGUUUUCUCUAAAAUUGGUACUAAGCAUGCUAAUGCAAGAAUAGGAGUUUUCUAUUGUGGGGCACCAGUUUUAGCCAAAGAACUCAGCCAGAUAUGCUAUGAUUAUAAUCAAAAGGGCUCAACCAAAUUUGAAUUCCACAAAGAGCAUUUCUAGAAAGCAAGUUAUCGUCUAAUGACUUGAUUGCUAAGCCAUAUUAGACAACACUAGAUAAUAAGAUGAAGUCAACUCCGGCGUAACAAACAUGUCCUAAGUGAAAAUACACACUUUGCAGAGCCAGCCAACCCCGGAGCUUGUUUGCAGACCUGCACUCUCUCAUAAUAAGGUGAAAUAGAGAGCAAGGGGAUUUGAAAUUGCAGGAAAAUUUGUACAGUUCCUGGUAGAGAAUAAAAAUUUUCAGAAGUAUAUAUGCACAAAUAUUCCUUUUGCAAGUACAGUUUUAUAAGCCAACAAAACCAAGAAAUGAUUCUGGUUCGAGGGAGUGUCAGUUGGCUCUGCGGAGUGCUAAGGUGAAUUGAAAGAUGAAAGUGUUUCACAAUCAAAUGCUAUUUUUACAUGUCAUAGUCACGCAUUCAUGUUGUUAGGUUGGAUUUGAAAGUAAAAAUUUCCUUAUAAAUUUAUAAGUUCCAUAUAA